AACAUUGUCGUAAAAAACUAAAAUAUCAUAUCUCAACUAACUUCCAGAGUUCUUGUUGAUUUUAUCUUCCAUUUUUCGUAAUCGUUGAAGCUCAGUUGAGCUUGAACCAGCCAGCUGAGAUGAGCACGAGAUUCUCGGGUAUCGAAUUGGGACCUCCCAUCGAGGUUUUCGCUCUAACCAAAGCUUACAACGAUGAUACUUACGAGAAAAAAGUUAAUUUAGCUGUAGGAGCUUAUCGUACAUCUGAAGGUAAACCAUGGGUAUUACCGGUUGUAAAAAAAGUGGAAAAACAAUUGGCAGCUGAUGAAUUACAAAAUCAUGAAUAUCUUCCAAUACUGGGCUUGGAUUCCUUUUGCCAAGCUGCUACCAAAAUGUUAUUAGGUCCUAACUCUCCUGUCAUUGCUCAAGGACGUGCUUUUGGUAUUCAAACGCUUUCUGGUACAGGUGCAUUAAGAGUUGCUGCAGAAUGUUUAAGUCGUAUCCUACAUUAUGACACAUUUUAUUAUAGCAAACCUACCUGGGAAAAUCAUAAACUUGUUUUCUUGAACGGUGGCUUUAAGAACGCUUGCGAAUAUGCAUAUUGGGAUUCUAAAAAUCGCAAAAUUGACAUAGAUGGAAUGCUCAGAGAUUUAAAAAAUGCUCCAGAAAAUGCAGUCAUUAUUCUACAUGCUUGUGCACACAAUCCUACGGGUUGUGAUCCAACACCAGAACAAUGGAAACAAAUAGCUGAUGUUAUCGAAGAAAAUCGAUUAUUCACAAUAUUCGACAGUGCAUAUCAAGGAUUUGCAAGCGGUGAUUUAGAUAAAGAUGCAUUCGCCGUACGUAUGUUUGCUGAACGCGGGAUGGAAUUUAUUUGUACUCAAAGUUUUGCCAAAAAUUUUGGUAUUUAUAAUGAGAGAGCCGGUAACAUGGUUGUGGUAAUGUCGGAUGUGAAAGAAGUCGUUCAAUUUAAAUCUCAAGUGACGUUAAUUAUACGAGGAAUGUAUAGUAAUCCGCCAAAUCAUGGAGUACGCAUAGUAUCAACUGUGCUUAAUAAUCCUGAUCUUUGCAAAGAAUGGAAAGGGCAUAUUCAAACUAUGUCGGGGAGGAUAAGAGAUAUGCGAGAAGGAUUAUAUCAAAGAUUACUCAAGUUAGGAACGCCAGGCACGUGGGAACACAUAACAACCCAAAUAGGAAUGUUUUCGUAUACAGGCCUCAGUGAAAGACAAGUGAAGCAUUUAUUGGAUCACUUUCAUAUCUAUCUAUUACGCAGCGGACGCAUAAAUAUUUGUGGACUGACCGAACAUAAUUUGGAUUACGUAGCAAAAGCUAUUCACGAAGCAGUAACAUUAUUUCCUCAAGGAGAAAAAGAUUGCAGCUGUUGAUAAUACGUUUUUUUUUCAGACUUGACAUCAUAGUAUAAUAAAUACAAAAAUCAUUUAUUAGUCACUGAUAGUGACAACUAUAUUGAAAUAUUAUAAUACGUUAUUAUACUUAUGAAGUCAAGUAGUCAUUUCAGUAAUAAGUUUUGCAUUAUUUACUGCUAUUGUUUAGUUUACAAAUUUUACGAAUAAGAUCUUAUGUUCUCAUCUCACUUCUAAAGCAUAAAAUUUACAUGCAUCGUUAUUUUAUGUUGAAAAGUACAAAAAUGAUUGUCAAUGACAAAGUAUAAACCCAUCGAUGCAAUUAGGUUUGAUAUGCUCAUAAAUAAAAUAGUAUUUGUAAAUUAAUAAUAUAAUUAACAGAUAAAAA